UGCCCCCAACGGCACCGCCCACACAACUGCCCCAAGAAUGGUCAAUGCACGGCGUGCCAGCGGGCACGUGGCCCAGGCAGCGCGCAGGUGCAGAAGAAGGGGAGUUCCACAGCAUCAAAAGGCCUGCAGAACAGAUGGUUCAAGCGACAAAGGCAGCUGCAGGCACGGCAUAAGCACCCACCCUGGCUACAAUCAAGGGGAGGAGCCAUCAGGCCAGACAGCGCGUUUCCUGCCCGUUGCUGGGGUUGCCACCAGGAAAGGAAAAAGGCAGAGAAAUCCACAUGCGAGCAGUGCGAGAAAAGCAAGAGGAAAGGACUUUGGUUUCCCUUUGAAGCUGGAGAGCGGCAGCCCUCUUCAGUUUCUGCCAGGCCUUCUUCCCUGCUUCCUUCCCAGGUGGACAACUGCCAGGGAGGGAACCGCUGCGCUCGCCGGAGGCCUGAAUGGAGGCAAGCCAGGGGCCUCUGCAACUAGGCCAUGGAGGCAUGUGGCCGAAGGAGGCAGGCUCCCCCCAGCUGUAAAAGCACCCCAAGAAGCACCAAAACACGCGGCGACUUUCAACAGCCCUUGGUUUGUUUCUUGGCUUUUCUGCAAGGAACUCAGAGUGGAGUAUCCAGUUCUUGGUACCUGCAUCUGCACUGUAUCCUCACAACAACCUUGUGAGCAUCCGUUUUGGAAGCAGAAGGAGAGGCGAAAAUUCUGCCGUUGCGCCAUCCUCACAACCGCAGAACAACCCCGAACCUUUUGCCAUUGCUACCAUGGCCCCGGACUGCAGGAGUGGGCAGAUGAGUGAUGAAUUGUGCACUAACCAGCAUUUUACCAUCAUGACAAGUAAAGUCUGUCCAGUAAUUGUUUCUAGGUCUCCAGAAGCACAAUUCAGUCCUGAUUUGGUCAGGGCUCAUUCCCAAUCUGCGAUAUUUUUGUUAGGGUUUUGUUUAUGAACUAUAGAAUGCUAUGGAAACUUAGACCUUUCUCCAUGGGGCGUUUGUGGUACAGAGGGAAGAGUAGUGGAGUGGGGAACUGGGAGGUCUGGGUUCGAAUCUGUCCUUGGUUGUGAGGUUCAGUGGGUGACACGGGGCCAGUAACAUGAAGCAAAUUUAAUCGGUCUAUGUUUCAUUUCUGGAGUCUUAUAUAAUGUGUAUUUUAUUGAUUGUUUUAUUAUUCUUAUUUUGCUUUGUUUUAUCUAAUAUUAGUAGUCUACUUAUGGAUGUUAUUGUUAUUAGUCUUUUGUAAUUGUGAGUUGUUGUGUUGUGUACUGUUUAUUAGGCUGUUCAUGGAUUUUAUCCUGGUGUCAGCUGUCCAGAGAGCUGAUGGCUAGUGGGACAGCAUAUAAAAUGAAUAAAUACAUAAAUGGCACACCCAUUCUCUUAUCAGCAGCAACAGAUGCUGCGAAACAGGUUCAUUUGUUCGGAGGCCUCGUUCAGUGUGUUGGGGCUCAGAGCACACCUUCACUUUGAACCCACUGUUUUGGGGAAGGUCACUUCCCUUCUGCCGCAUCUCCAGGCCGGAAGAAUUCCCAA